AUGGAAGCGCAAAACAACUCGACAGAAAUUGGAGAUCGGCAGCCCAGUGACUUGCCCAACCCUGGCGAGAAAGACAACUCAGUGGAAACCUCUGACCACGUCCCAUUGCCCUCCUCACAACAAAACGCAGACGCCAGACACCCCCUGACCACCGAGCCCUUUGAAGACAUUCUGAAGGUGCUUGCUGACAUCGAGCGGGACGAUCCAAACCUCGCCUUUCCAGCUGCUCGACUUGUCGGACUAUAUCGACGCUUAUGGGAGUCGUGCGUGUCCAAGCAUGUCGAUUGCCAGAGGCUAGAGCGGGAGAAUCUUCUUUUGGAGGAGGCUGGUGCGCACCUGAGAACAAAGAGAGAUGGUCUUCAGCUUCGCCACGACAAACAACUCGCCCGGCUGCGCUUUUUUGAGCGAGCACUAGCAUCGUUUCGGGAGCGACUGACUAGCAUACUUGAUGACUGGAACUACCCUUUUCAGACUCAAUCUGGCAGGGCUCUUGGAUAA